AUGCCGCACGGCGGCGCGCGGCUGGAGGCUUCGGCGACCUGUCUCUUUAAGUUGGUGUCAAAGCCGAUUACCGCUGAUCUCCGCCGCGAUUCUGUUUUCACCGUCUGUCCCCUGAAUCUAUUUUUGUGUUGCGUUGCGUUGCUGCCGGUACGGGAAGCCUUUGCUCUUAUUUUCUUUUUUGGGGGUUGUUGUUUUUGUCCCCCCUCCAAUUCACAGGGGCCCGCGGCAGCGCCCUCGUGCGCCCGGUGAACCGCGCGUCAAAGUUUGGAGCGCGCAAAGGCACGUGGACUGCGGCUGCUCUCUGGGGGCUCGGCUUGGUAGGAGAGCCCCCGUCACCCCUCAGCCCUGGCGAGGGGGGAGGGGGCGGGGGGGUGUGUGUGCGCCGCGCCGCGGACACUCCGACUUUUUACACCAUCGGUAAGCCAGGAUUACUUUUUUCCCUGCAACCGGAGCUAUUAAACGCUUCCGCUCCAUUGUCCCGCCGCGGAAAGCAAGGCAAGUGAGAGCAUGCCGGGGGUUGGCGGUGCGACGCCGCGGGUGGCCGUCUGAAGCCGGCACCGAGACGAGAGCCCCGGCGAACGUACGAUGCAGAAGAGCGUGCGGUACAACGAGGGACACGCGCUGCACCUGUCGGUGGCGGCGCGCAAAGAGGGCACCAAGCGCGGCGUGCUGAGCAAGAAGACCACGGAGAACAGCCGCUGGGCAGAGAAGUACUUCGCCCUGUACCAGAACGUGCUCUUCUACUUCGACAACGACCAGAGCGCCAGGCCCUCCGGCAUAUACCUGCUGGAGGGAUGCUCGUGCGAGAGGGCCCCGGCGCCCAAGGCCCCUGCCAUCGGCAGAGAGCCCACGGAGAGACAGCAGAACUAUUUCCUGGUCAUCUUUGGCCACGAUGGACAGAAACCUUUGGAGCUGCGGACAGAGGAAGAGUCGGACUGCAAUGAGUGGGUGGAGUGCAUCCAGCAGGCCAGUUACGCUGACAUUAUCAUCGAGCGUGAGAUCCUGAUGCAGAAGUACAUCCACCUGGUCCAGAUCAUGGACACUGAGAAGAUCGCAGCCAAUCAGCUUCGUACUCAGCUGGAGGACCAGGACACUGAGAUUGAGAGGCUUAAAGCUGAGAUUGUAGUGUUGAACAAAACCAAGGAAAGGAUGCAGCCUUACCAAAACAACCAAGAGGAGGAAGAUCCAGAUAUUAAAAAGAUAAAAAAGGUGCAAAGUUUCAUGCGUGGCUGGCUGUGCCGGAGAAAGUGGAAGAUCAUUGUUCAGGAUUACAUCUGCUCCCCUCAUGCUGAGAGCAUGAGGAAGAGGAACCAGAUUGUCUUCAACAUGGUGGAGACAGAGACCGAAUACGUUCACCAGCUGUCCAUCCUGGUGAACUGUUUCCUCCGGCCGCUCCGCAUGGCUGCCAGCUCCAAGAAACCUCCCAUCAGUCACGACGACGCCAGCACCAUCUUUCUCAACAGUGAGACCAUCAUGUUUCUGCAUGAGAUCUUCCACCAAGGUCUAAAGGCCCGGAUUGCCAACUGGCCCACGCUAGUUCUGGCCGACCUGUUUGACAUCCUGCUGCCCAUGCUGAACAUUUACCAGGAGUUUGUGCGUAACCACCAGUACAGUCUGCAGGUGUUGGCAAACUGUAAGCAGAACAGAGACUUUGACAAGCUGCUGAAACAGUACGAGUCCAAUGCUGCUUGCGAGGGCCGGAUGUUGGAGACGUUUCUCACGUACCCCAUGUUUCAGAUUCCACGGUACAUCAUCACUCUCCAUGAGCUGUUGGCACACACACCUCAUGAGCAUGUGGAGCGCAAGAGCCUGGAGUUUGCUAAAUCCAAACUGGAGGAGUUGUCAAAGAUGAUGCACGAUGAAGUGAGUGACACGGAGAACAUCAGGAAGAAUUUGGCGAUAGAGAGGAUGAUUGUGGAGGGCUGUGACAUCCUGUUAGACACAAGCCAGACCUUCGUCAGACAGGGCUCUCUCAUCCAGUUGCCAACCAGCAGUGAGCGGGGCAUGCUCAGCAAGGUCCGCCUGGGCUCCCUGUCGCUGAGGAAGGAGGGAGAGAGACAGUGCUUCCUGUUUACCAAACACUUCGUCAUCUGCACCCGAACAUCUGGAGGAAAGCUUCACUUGCUCAAGCAAGGAGGAACGUUGUCUCUGAUAGAGUGUACUCUCAUUGAAGAACUAGAUGCCAAUGAUGAGGACUACAACGCAUCAGGUCAGGGCUUCAACCAUUUGGAGUUUAAAGUUGUGGUUGAGCCUCCCGAUGGUCAGUCCUUCUCUGUUGUCCUCUUGGCUCCGUCUCGCCAAGAAAAGGCUGCGUGGACCAGCGAUAUCAGCCAGUGCAUUGAUAAUAUCCGAUGUAAUGGCCUAAUGACCAGUGUGUUUGAGGAGAACUCCAAAGUGUCUGUGCCGCACAUGAUCAAGUCUGAUGCCCGACUGCACAAGGACGACGUCGACAUCUGCUUCAGCAAGACACUCAACUCCUGCAAGGUCCCACAGAUCCGCUACGCCAGUGUGGAGCGUCUGCUGGAACGACUGACUGAUCUGCGCUUCCUCUCCAUAGAUUUCCUCAACACCUUCCUCCACACUUACAGGAUCUUCACCACGGCUGCUGUGGUCAUUGACAAGCUGGCCGACAUUUACAAGAAGCCAUUUACGUCCAUACCUGUCAGGAUCGAGCAACAUUCAUGUGAUCGUCUGUCCAUCAUGUCCCUCUGUCCUGACUACAGUCUGAAGAUCAGACAGCUUGCCCUGGACCAAUCCAAGUCUCUGGAGCUGUUUUUUGCGACCAACCAGGGGGCAUGGGGAACAGACCCCUUGAACAACAAAUCCCCGAGGCUUUGCCGCAAGUUCUCGUCUCCUCCUCCCCUCUCCAUCCCCUCUCGCACUUCCUCCCCCGUCCACUGUCGCAAGCUCUCCCUCAGUUCCCCAAUCGGUGUGAAAGUGGGGACCUUGGACCUGUCUACUACCCCCUCCUCCUCUGCAGCCAACUCCCCCACCUCCAGUCACAGCCCCUCCAUCUCCUCUCCUCCUCCCGGCUCAACCAGGCCCCCUUCAGGCUUUUCCUCCCCUCCGCCCACUGCCACACGCUCUCCCAGCCUCCCCCAUCCCUCUGGGAUGUCCUCGCCUCCCCCCAUCCCCACCAAGGCCCUGCUGGACCUCAGCCAUGGUCCCAGCUCCCCAGAGCUGAGCCCAGCUGCAGGGGAGGACGUCAGCGGAGAGCUGCCUCGCAUCGACGCCUUCUGUGGGAAGCUGAGACGAAGCAUCCGCAGGGUUGUCUUGGAGUCAAUAUCCCUGGACAAGUUUCUUCCUGAAUCGCCUGUCAGCAGCGAGCCGAGCGACAUAUCUCCCUGCCGCUCACCAUCAACCCCGCGGCAUCUCCGCUACCGACAGACAGGAGUCACACCGGGGGAAAACUCCCGCUGCACGAUGUCACCGGCUUCAGCAUUUGCCAUCGCCACCGCUGCUGCCGGGCAUAGCAGCUCCCAGGGUUUUGGUAAUUCUGAGAAAACCUGUGACAAAGAAUUCAUCAUCCGCAGAGCUGCAACCAACAGAGUUCUCAACGUGCUGCGACACUGGGUUUCCAAGCACUCCCAGGACUUCGACAUGAACAGUGAACUGAAGAUGGGAGUGAUGAGUCUCUUGGAGGAGGUGCUGCGGGAUCCAGACCUGCUGCCGCAAGAGAGGAAAGCAACAACAAACAUAUUAAGUGCUCUUUCUCAAGAAGACCAAGACGAUGCUCAGCUGAAGAUAGAGGAUAUAUUACAAAUGAAAAGCUGUCCCUUGCUACACUUCAUCGUGGUUGAGAGCCCUAAAGCCGAGUGUUUUGAGUCUCUGUCAGCAAUGGAGCUGGCAGAACAGAUCACACUGCUGGAUCACAUUGUGUUCAGGAGUAUUCCCUAUGAGGAGUUCCUCGGUCAGGGCUGGAUGAAGAUCGACAAAACUGAGAGGACUCCGUACAUCAUGAAGACCAGCCAGCACUUCAAUGACAUGAGUAACCUGGUGGCGUCUCAGAUAAUGUCCCACACUGACGUGGGCUCCAGGGCCAGCUCCAUAGAAAAAUGGCUGGCAGUGGCUGAUAUCUGCCGCUGCCUCAACAACUACAACGGUGUUCUGGAGAUCACCUCUGCUCUCAAUCGUAGUGCCGUCUACAGGCUGAAGAAGACCUGGGCCAAAGUCUGCAAACAGACAAAGGCACUAAUGGACAGGUUGCAGAAGACAGUGUCAUCGGAGGGGAGGUUCAAGAAUCUCAGAGAGACACUGAAAAACUGCAACCCACCAUGUGUGCCAUACCUGGGCAUGUACCUCACUGACCUGGCUUUCAUUGAGGAAGGAACUCCCAACUUCACUGAGGAGGGCCUGGUUAACUUCUCCAAGAUGAGGAUGAUUUCUCACAUCAUCCGGGAGAUUCGUCAGUUCCAGCAAGCACCUUACAGGAUAGAGCACCAACCCAAGGUGACUCAGUUUCUUCUGGAUAAGACCCUAGUGAUGGAUGAAGAUACCCUCUAUGAGCUGUCACUGAAGAUUGAACCCAGAGUACCACCUGGCUAAUCACAACUUUACUUCAUACACUAUUAAUUACACACAAACAACCAUGAUGGGUUAACACAUGUUUUCCAGUAUCAACACAUGCAAUCAACUUGUUCUUAGUAAAGCAUACGUUGUUACAUGAAAGCACCACCAGUUAUUGUGCUUAGGAAACUCAGGGGGAAAUGUGCCUUGUUGUAUGUAUAUCUGAUGUAUAUAUUUAGUAAAUAGAAUGGACUGUGACAUUUUACACAACUCUGCCAUACGUCGUACAGUUAUGACUGUAAAAACAACCAUGAUAGCCACUAAACAUGGCACCAGAAAGUAACCAGUUGCUGCUAUCACACUGUAAAUACCAAACAAACAAUAUGCCUCUGUAGUCCUGUACAUAAACAAUGUCAGAUGAGUUUUGUACUAUUUGUGUGAUCAUGGCCAGAUUAUCCUGCUCUUGGGGCAAAGUGGGACACGGGGCCCUUAUUAACCCCCUCUGGGCAUUGCGUACAAAAUCUAUAUGUUGGUUUGUUACAAGGCCCCCGUUUGCUGUGUGGUAGCUUCCAAAUUAAUUUACAAAGGCAAACCAUGUAAGCACAGCCUCUACACAGGAUCUAUCAAGAGAACUAGAGGCUGUUCUAACAAGAGUUAAAGUUUUGCUUCAACUCUUGUUAACUUGGGUUUGGUGCCUUUGCUGAGAGCAGCUGCCCUGCUACAGCUUGAGACCCAGUCGAUGAGAGCGCCGAGGGCAAACCAGAACAGCAAAGUUUGGGCCCGUUCAAAAACAAAAAACAAAGAAAAGAUGAUAAAUGGGAGACUGAGGGGUCGGUCGAUGAUUCCAUCUGGGUUUGUCACUACGACCUAUCACUUGCACUUAACGCAUUGUCUUUUCAACUGCUUUCAGUAUUCAAACAUCGAUCAGUGCAGCUUUUAAUGCCAUUCGUGUGCACCGGUAAUCAGGCCGCUCUGGAGAAGGACACAGGCACGUCAUCCAUGGGGAAACAUGCGUGUAUUCCCUCUUGUGUCAACAGUCUUCUGCCCCCGGGUGCCACCAAAACCAAAUACAGCUGCUCUAAAUUACUUUUUUUUUACUUUUUACCUUUUUCUUAGCUGUGACCAUACGAAACACAAGUUAAAGAUUGACUGUAUUGGCCCAAAUAUAGGACAGUCCUGAAUACGAGUUGAUUUUAAGAGUCGACCCCUGUCAGAUGACAGACUCUGACCGUCUUCUAUUUUUAGCUCAUCCGUGAGGGCUAUGAUUCUUGUCUGUGUGACAGAUUUUCUCCCUGGCUCAUUUCUGCAUUGAAAGACAUUAGGAGAAGUUAUGAACUUGGGUUGGGUUUUUUUUUCAUUCCGAUUGAAGAUUUUGGGCUGACUCUUUACAUGGGAAGUGAUUUGAUAUGGUUUGGUGUUCAUAUUCACUGACACAUUUAAUUGGAACAAUUGUGAGACAUGGGCAAAAGUUACAAAUGUGUCAUGUGGAGAAAUUUAGGUCACCAAACAUUUGUGUCAAGACGGAGGGCAUGUGCAAGACGUAAACAGAUUAAAUCAUUAACAUGGCGCAUUAUUGUUUUGAUCAGUUUAAUGAAAUGGUUUACUCCUCCCCUUUGCAACUGAUUUAAAUGCUCUCUGUUGGCCGGUUUGUUCUAAUGGAUGUGUUAAUAUGGGUCAUUUGUAUCCUGUUUAGGGGGAUUGUAAUCAGAUUAUGCUCAACGUGUACAUAUGCUUUUUUUCCACUCUGACAGCAAAUCACACGACACCAGCCUUCAGAGAGUCCUGCUGGUUAAAGUGGACUAACAGCACUGUAAGGGCUCAUUAACUGAAACCCUGACAAAACUUUCUUACCAAAUAACCCAUAGUGCAACACGGUCUGAAGAGGACAAUGUUACAGUGGUACUCAACAAUAUCGGACACGGCCCCCAUUUUUAAUAAUGUGUCCAGACAAAAAUAUUGUCCUGUAUUUCAUAAAAAUACUGAAAUCUUUUUUUCAAAUUUUUAGCACAUCUGCAAUUUGAAUUGUUGUCUACAUGCAAACAUUUGCCUCACUGAGCAUUUCCUGGGCGCUUUAAUAGAAAUGAUGAUGAUGACACACUUAACAGUGUUUUGGGGGAUUCUGGGUCACUGUCCUUGGCAACCGAGGCUGUUGUCUUAUAAAUUGUAUGUGCUGAGUGGGGCUUCAUUUUCAAUUUUGUAUAUCUUUACUCAUCUGUUAACCCAAACGGUUUGUGUUGUUGCAGUAUCUAUUCUGUUGAAAGUUACAGCAAAAACCUUUUAGCUCUGUAAAAAUAAAAAUUUACUUAUCACAUA